AUCUCCCGGGGCCUAUACGCAAUGAAUAAAAAGAACUAGACUUUUGGAGGGUUUUGGUGGGAUACUAGGUGAUGUUGAGCAGAGCUAGGCGGAGGGUAGUCUUGAAUCUCCGGCACUUGUCGACGUCGGUGAGAAACCGCGCAGAAGAUGAAGGCGACUGGCUAUACUCGUCGGAGUGGUGGGACGGCAAGGGCACCGACGGUCAAACUGUUUACCAAUCAUUUUCCGACAAGGGAAACGGCCAAGUCUCCGUUAUAGCUUACCCUUCCUCCAGACCGGAAAAAGUUUACUGGGAAAGAACAGAGAAAUGGCUUCAGCAAAGGUAUGGUGAGAUACAUCCAGGUUAUAAACACGAGGGAAAUUUCAAGAUUCUUGGUUACCAGUGGCGUGCUCUUCGCUUUAAUGAUGAUACUCGCCAGAGCACAGUUAAAGUAAUGGCUGCUUACAGAAAGUCGGAUCCUGGUUCUUUGUUCUUGAUGCAGCAGGCACAUUGCCUGCCUAUUCCAUAUGUUAAGAGCAUGAUUUCUGCUGGGCUGGCUACGAUCUCUUCUUGUAACUAUGAUCUCCAUAAAGCUAUACACGGGGCAAAGACAAUGAAUAUCUUAUGUAUAGGUCAUGGUGGAGGAAGCAUACCGUUAUUUUUGGCAAGUAAAAUUCAAGGUGCUGUGGUGCAUGAUGUCGAAAUCGACCCUACUGUCAUCUCGGCUUCAGUAAAAGCUAUGGGAUUCCCAUCUUCCUCAGUCGUGACUCCACCUGGUAACCACACGUCAACAUUUGAUCCUAUCGAAGAAGUGCUGUGGAAAGGGACUCGCGAGAGAAUUCUGUUAUACGAAUCGGAUGCCGAGAAGUUUAUUAACGACACCACUGGACUCUACGACAUUGUUUUCAUCGAUGCCUACGACGGUGAUGACGUGUUCCCCUACAAGCUGUGGGACCCACACUUCCCGUUUCUCAAAGCUCUAGGCGAUCGUCUUCACCCCGAACACGGGACAGUCGUCGUGAACCUUCACUCGGACGUGGACUAUCGCGCUGCCGAGUUCAAUCCGGCUGGCGAGCACUUUUUGCCCAUGGGGAGGUACGUGAAACAAGUGUGCGGGGCGUACAAGGAAGCGUUGCUGGGGAAUGGGAAUUCUCGCAACGGUGUAGCGUAUGUAGUUUCUGUGCCGUGGGUGUGUAAUACAUCUCUUGUUGUGGCUAGAGGUUUUAGCAAAGGUGAUGGAAGUGUGAAUAGGGAAAUGGUUUUGAAUAGAGUGGCAUGUAGUUCCUUUGAAGUUGAAAAUGCUCUUGACUUGCCAUUUUCUUGCUUACAAUAUAUUAAAAGAGGGUUUAUUCUUGUGGACUGAUAACCAGUUGUUGGAGAUAUGCUAAACGGAUAAAUAGACCAUUUGUGCCAUUGUGGUUGUGUUUA